ACACACACACACACACAUAUGCACAGAGUUGCACACACGCUUAGACAUACUGCAAACUCUCCACAGGAAACUCUGAGCCAUAAUGCGAAGGCACCUCAGAGCAGACGGGUGCAUUGCUCAAACCAAGUGGGAUACGGCGCAGCUUUGAUAGUGCGUUAAUUACUCAUGUGAUGUGAUACAGAUGUCUCGGGGCUUCAGCUGAAAGUUUGCCUGACGGUUUCCAAGGGGGCCAGGCAGGCGUUUUAGAACCGUGACAUAUUGAGGCAGUCUUCCAGUCAGUGAAAUCAAAGAGCUCGAUGUAUUCGAUAAUGGGGACCACAGCUUGGCAUAUGCUCAUGCUAAUGGCCUGUUUGGCAGCCAGAGGAAUGUGCCAGAUAAAGGAAGCCGAGGACUCUCUGUCUGUCAUCCUGGUCCACUCCACCCUCCAGUCCCCCGGUUUCCACAGCACCAUCAGUCCAAGCGCAGGAACCGGUCCCCCGCCAUUUGUCCCGGGAGUUCAGGCUCAAGCGUUGGGAUCCAGCUCUGUCAAUGACACAGUCGUGAAGAAGCCAGUGCGACCCCCGAGGUGCCUUGUAAAUCCCUCAAUUAGCAACUAUUUUAAGUACAUCAACACCGUCAUUUCAAUUAUCGUCUUUGUGGUCGGCCUGGUCGGAAACGCCACCCUCCUAAGGAUUAUAUACCAGCAUAAGUGCAUGAGGAACGGGCCCAACGCCCUGAUUGCCAGCCUUGCCCUGGGUGACCUUAUCUACAUUUUCAUUGAUAUACCGAUCAAUGUGUACAAGCUCCUGGCAUCUCGUUUUCCCUUUGAUGACCAGUGGUUUGGCCUGUGUCUGUGCAAGCUGGUGCCUUUCUUGCAGAAAGCCUCUGUUGGCAUCACAGUGCUAAACCUGUGUGCCCUCAGUGUGGACAGGUACAGGGCCGUGGCGUCCUGGAGCCGAGUGCAGGGAGUGGGCAUCCCUCUGCUCACCGUCAUCGAGAUCUUGUCCAUUUGGGUGUUGUCGCUCAUCCUGGCGGUGCCCGAGGCCGUCUGCUUUGACAUGGUCACCUUCAACUUCAGCAACAACACCAUACACACGUGCAUGCUUAACCCGCAGACCGAGUUCAUGAGGUUCUACACAGAGGCAAAAGAUUGGUGGCUGUUUGGCUUUUACUUUUGUGUCCCACUUACCUGCACCGCUGUCUUCUACACUCUGAUGACCUGUGAGAUGCUGAACCACCGGAACGGCAGCCUUCGCAUCGCGCUCAGUGAACACCUGAAACAGAGGAGGGAGGUUGCCAAAGCUGUCUUCUGCCUUGUGCUGAUCUUUGCCCUCUGCUGGUUCCCUUUGCACCUCAGCAGGAUCCUAAAGAAGAUGGUAUACCGCCAGAAUGACAACAUGCGCUGUGAGCUCCUCAACUUCCUGUUAGUUUUGGAUUACUUCGGCAUCAACCUGGCGACAAUCAACUCGUGCAUAAAUCCCAUCAUUCUAUACUUCGUCAGCAAGAAGUUCAAAAACUGCUUCAAGUCGUGUUUGUGCUGCUGGUGUUACUCCGACAACCAACUGAACAGCAUUGGACUCGUGAACGGUACCAGUGUCCAGUGCAAAAGCCCGGAGCCCAACAACCUCCACACCGACAAAAGUAUCAGGAAAGACAGCAACUGACCGAGAGUUUAAAACACAUGUGAUGCUUAUGGGAAAAUGUAUAUGUAUAUUAAAAAAAACAACUAACUUACACCAAGCUAUGAUGGAACAAAUCCAUCCGGAAGGAGAAAUAUUUGGAACUGGAAUAAACGAAACCGACCAUGGAGUGAGUUUCCUGAACCUCACAGCGGGCCAAGCUUCCUGAGAAAACCCCCCCCUGUGUUCCCACACCCACAGACAGUGACACAGUAGCCCGAGAGGAAGAGAAGGGUGAGGAGGAUGACGAGGAGGACUCUUUGAAGGAAUGCAGCUGAACUCUAUAAAUUAAUCUCUAUCUGGAGCCAAGCGCGUUGUUCCUGUAAAGGGCAGCACCGUCGGGAAGGAUGAAGCAACGACCAAAGGACUGACCGCUGGCUGUCAGGGAGAAUGAUGUCCAGACACGUGUACAUGCUGUUCCCAGAAAUCGGCUACUCGCUGGGAUUAAUAACUAAACAAGUAUGUCACUGACUCAAACCACAAUAUUCAUCAAGUCUGAAGGUUUGUAAUUUAUUUGACCUACACACACUGCUAUUAGCUGGACAGACACAGUUUACUUUUCCUGAUUCUUCAAGAUUUUUUUUUUUUAUUACAAAACUAAAUAGUGGCAGAAGCUUCAAUUAAUUGGAAUGUGGACACGGGCCUAAAUAUAAUAACAGUAAAGUUGUACAAUAUUCCCAAAUGACUGGGUUCACAUCUACAGGACUAAUAGUGACAGCUGCAGUCCUGCUUUUUAAAGCUCUUGACAUCAUGACGAUUAUGAUCACUUUUAUAACUUUUCAUUUCAGAUUGUUUUUUGGACUGUAGUUCACAAUAGUUUUUAUUAAUUUCUAUGUCCAAACCUGAGAAAUAUGUGAA